CUGUAAGCAUUCAUUUCAGUUUAUAAUUUUAUAUACGAACACAAUACAAAAUUAUUUUCGUCGCAGUAAAGGCCCAAUGGAGGUAACCACCCAGGAAAGCAGCCAUGCCCAAUGGGUGCUGUCUGAGCUCAACCAACAGAGGGGGCUUGGAAAGUUCUGCAAUGUCACGCUUAGUACCCAGGACGGACAAGUGUUUUUGGCCCACCGCAAUGUUCUUGCCUGCUUUAGCAAACUCUUUCAAGACACCGCCUCCUCCACUGAUAGUAUGGUGCUCGACCUUCCUCCAGGGUGUACAGCUGAUGGACUCGAGCUGCUCUUACAUUUUGUCUACACUGGAGAGCUACAGUUAAACAGCGAAAACAAGGCUAAGGUUCGACAUGCAGCCAGUGGUCUGUCCAUUCAUGAUUCGCUAAUUCAUCUGCCAGGGAUAAAAGCUCUCGGAAGUUUUGAAGAGUUUGAACCGACUGAGAGCAAACCUGACGUGGCUGGAACUAGACAAGCAAAUUCUCAAACGGGCAUAGAAAACAAACAAGAGGACGUAGAAAUGUUAAUACCAGUGACUGAAGACUCUCUCAGCACCAGUGUAGCCACCACUACUCGCUCCGGAAGAAGGGUUAGGGGCCCGAGCAGACUGGUUGGGGAAAGUGACAUGCCAGUGGUCACAAAGCAAAGUACAAGAAGAAAAAAAGAACCAGAACCAGAACCAGAGGACAACAAUGAGGGCAACAUUCCUGCUGAAGCAGAUCAGAGCAAUACACAAGUUCUUGUUGUGGCUGAGGUUGAACCUGAGGACAAUCAACUCAACAAUGUUGAUGAGGAGGACGACGAGGACAGCGUGAGUAUUGACAUCACUGCAGAAGACACAGAUGAAGAGUAUUUACCUCAGGAUUUAACCAUCGCAUCAUCCAGGAAUGCCAAAAGGAAACUGAAAGACAGUACCCCUGAUAAGGAAAAUGGGCAAAACAAAUCACAAGAUAAGAAAAAGGGUUUGGUUCAGUGCCCAACAUGUCACAAGACAUUUCAGAGCAAGUACUACCUGAAGAUACACAACAGACGGCACACUGGAGAGAAGCCUUUUAAGUGCUCCAAAUGUGGGAAAUGCUAUUACAGGAAGGAUAAUUUACUGGAGCACGAAGCCAGGAACUGCCUCAGAAGUAAAAAUGUCUUUUCCUGUUCCAGUUGUCCCAUGACCUUUAAGAGGAAACAGAAACUACAUCUGCACACAGCAGUCUCUCACACAGGAGAGAUGCCCAAUAAGUGUACUGCCUGCUCAGAGCAAUUCAUGCACAAGAGAGAUCUGGAAAUUCACAUGAUCAGGGUCCACGGAGCUCCGAAACCUUACGUGUGCUCACUGUGCCCCAAGCGCUUCCUCUUCCGUGCUGAGCUGAAUCUCCACGAAGCUGCCAAACACCGGGGGGAGAAGCUGUUUGUGUGUGAGGAGUGCGGUCACCGAUCGUCCAGCCGCAACGGCCUGCACAUGCAUAUCAAAGCUGUUCACAGGAACGAGCGUCCAUUCGUGUGCCAGUUCUGCAGUCGUGCUUUUACUCAGAAAGCCAACCUGAAUAUGCACCUGCGCACUCACACAGGAGAGAGACCGUUUCAGUGCCACCUCUGUGGCAAGACCUUCCGCACUCAGGCGAGUUUGGACAAGCAUAACCGAACACACACCGGUGAGCGGCCGUACAGCUGUGAGUUUUGUGAACAGCGCUUCACUGAGAAAGGGCCUUUGGUGCGCCACAUAGCCAGCAAACACCAGGAAGGCCAGCCUCACGUCUGCACCAUCUGCAACAGGUCCUUCAAAGCGAUUGACCAGCUCCGUGUGCAUGUGCGGAGACACAAAGGCAUGAGGAAUUUCGAGUGCACCGAGUGUGGAUACAAGUUCACUAGACAGGCUCACUUGAGGCGCCACAUGCAAAUCCACAAUCGCGUGGAGAACUACAAUCCCCGCCAGAGGAAACUGCGCAACCUAGUGGUGAACGAUGAAAACGCUCCUACACUGGAACAGAGGGACGCAGCAGGCAUAGAACCAGCAGACGUCCAGCCAGCGGAAGACGUACAGCCAGCAGAUAAGGUCCAGCCAGCAACAGACGUCCAGCCAGCAACAGACAUCCAGCCUGCAGAAAACGUCCAGCCUGCAGAAAACGUCCAGCCUGCAGAAAACAUCCAGCCAGCUGAAGCAGAAAACACCCAGCCAGCUGAAGCAGAAAACACCCAGCCAGCUAAAGCAGAGAACACAGAACAGCCAAGUGUUUCCGUUUCAGACACGGCAGACAUGGAGGUCCAGCCAGCUGAUCCAGAAAACUUAAAGCAGCAGCCAGACUUCAGCACCAUGAAGGUGGAGCAGGAAAGCUUCACCAUGGAGGGUGUGGUGGAGGAUACAGGGCUGGCCUCUGACACAUUGCCCAUCCAGUCAGAUCUGGAGGAGCAUCUGCAGGACACUGGAGCUACUGAAAAGGCCUGAGAAAUAAAAUCAUGCAGGGUGCCUCCUGUAUGUAAUAACAGGUUUGUUGAGCUCCAGCUUUGACUACAAAAAAAUCACUGUGCAUUCUGGACUGUGAUCUCUCAGAAUUUUUUGAAUCUUUUCACAAUAUCAUGUACGAUAGAUGCAAAGUUGCAUUAAGAAAUGGUAUUUUUUUGAUUGACAAUUCUCUCAUAAUAUUCGCCACAAAUUAGCGAGCUACAACCCAUCUUUGCUUGCACUGAGCAUUUGGUAGAUGGUCAUUAUAUAGCCUCAUCUGUUACCAGUUCACCUGCUAAUUGUGUAAUGUAUUAAAACAGUGUUAUUUCAAUAAUUAUAAAUUUUUCACUUUU